AUGCGGUCGCUCCCCAACCGAGCCGGGACUCAAGAGAGGGGAUCUGAGCGAACGGAAGGAAAGAGGAUCUUCGCUUAUCAUGGAAGGGAGGUAGCCAAGAAAUUCUUCGCCCCCAACCUCAGGAAAGUCGGUCCGCAUGGGGAACAUCACUACCGCUACGAUGCCAGCGAGAUCGUUGAUAAAGAUUCUCAGGGGAAAGAAAAAGAAAGGGAAGAGAAAUGGAUGAAAGCUGUUCAACAGGUAGCUGUGAUUGGAGCUGGGGGAGCUGGACUUGCUGCAUUGAGACACCUGGCAGGGCAGCCUGGCCUCUCUGUUGUAGCCUAUGAAUUGUCUUCACAGAUUGGAGGUACUUGGGUCUACACUGAUAAAACUGGCAAAGAUGAGCAUGGUCUUCCCAUUCAUUCCAGCAUGUAUGAACAUAUGAGAACAAAUCUGCCAAAAGAAGUGAUGGCAUUCCCAGAUUUUCCCUUCCCUGAGGAGGAUGCAUCCUUUCUGCAUCAUACCAAAGUCCUGGAGUAUCUUGAAGGUUAUGCGAAGCACUUCAAUCUCUACAAACACUAUGCAGUGCCAAGGAUGCCAAAAAUCCCAGGCUUGGAUUCCUACAAAGGCCAAGUGAUGCAUAGCCAUGAUUAUAGGAACUCAGAGCCUUUCAUUGACAAAAAGGUCUUCAUCCUUGGUGCUGGACCUUCAGGGCUGGACAUCUCCAUUGAGCUGGCUGCUGUCACUCCAUGUGUGUAUUUGAGUCAUAAGAAGGCACCGCUGAAGACUCGUCUUCCAAAGAACGUUGUUCAGAUUCCUGUGGUGGAGAGGGUAGAGGAGAAUUCAUUUGUUCUCCCUGAUGGUAACCGUGUUGAAGCAGAUGUGUUGCUCGUAUGCACAGGAUAUGAGUAUUCCUUCCCCUUCCUUGACCCUGAUUGCGGCAUCCAAGUCACAGAUAACAGGGUGGAACCCCUUUACAAACACUGCAUUCACAUCAAUCAUCCACAGUCCAUGUUCUUUGUUGGGAUACCCUUCACUGUCUGCCCCUUCCCUCUCUUCCAUUUCCAGGGUCUGUUGGCAAAGAAGCUGUUACUAGAAGGCCUUGAGCUGCCUUCCAGCAAGGAAAUGCUUUCUGAUGGAGAGGCUGAGUGGUCUAAGCGAGCUGCACAGGGUUUCCCAAAACACCGAUACCAUUGUAUGCAUGGCCUGUUCCAAGACUACCUGGAUUCCUUGGCACAAUGGAUGCAGAUUGAGACCCUGCCCCCUGCCUUCACAUCUCUCUAUACUCACAUUUUUAACUCCAUAUAUCACGAUAGCCUUGCAGAUUUGAAAGAACGGAGGUUUCGUUUGCUUCUGGUGGUGAAGCAGGUCUUGACAGGAGAACUGAGUCUCCCAUGUCGGGAGGAAAUGGAAGAAGACAUCAAAGAGGAAAUGAAACUCAAAUUCCAACUUGGCUUCCCUCUCCACCACUACCACAAGAUGGGGAAUCUCCAGUGGUCCUACAAUGAUGCAAUGGCUGACCUAGCCAAGUGUCAACGGCUGGCCCGUGUCGUCUGUGAUCUGUACGACACCGUGCACAACAUCCGCAUGUUGGACGUGACUAGCUACAAAGACAUCAACUUUAGACUCACUGGGAAUGAUUCCUUUGCCAGAAUUUCAUAGUUGUAUUUUUAGUGCUUUUGUUUCAUACCUUUGUUCUUGAAGUACCUGAGUGUGUCAGUGCUUUCAUCAUGUGCAAUAUGUAGCUGUUGUAGUUCAUUUUACUUUAGUUGAUAUGUUGACGUACAAACC